AUGUCAUCUAAAACCCAGGAAAUCAUUGCCGCUCUCGAUGCAAUCCAGCCCGAGGCCUUUGGCGACAACGAAGUCGAGCGCCUGCAGGUACGCGCUGCCACACGCCGCCUCCUGGCUCGUCUCGAGUCGCCCUAUGAGCGGGCAUGGGGAUUCUGCUUUGAGCAUCCUGUCGUCUUUGCGGCGCUGCAGACGUGCAUCGAUCUUGGGCUGUGGAAGGCCUGGACUGCUCUUGGGGGUGGUGAGAAGACGAUAGAUGAGUUGGUGCAGCUUACCACUCCUGCCAUUGAGACAAACUUACUGCGACGAUUCUUCCGCUUAAUGGCGGCCUUUUACGUCGUCGAAGAAACCGGCGAAGACAAGUUCAAGCCGACGCCAUUCUCGUACGCUAUCGGUGAUGAGAGCACCAAGGUUCGCGCCUCACUUCAGGCUGCAUCCUACCAAUACAUCGCAGCCGGCCACAACCUCCCCGGCUACCUCGCCAAAACCUCGUACAAAGAGCCCACCGACUUCCAGGUCAACAACUACUCCGACUCCGACGCCGACGGCCUCAACUUCUUCGGCCGCCUCCAGAAGAGCCCGACGCACUAUGAAGCAUUCACAGGACACAUGGAGGCCUGGACGGCGUGGAAGACGCCCUGGACCAAGGUGUACGAUACGUCACGGUUACUCGAGGGAGCGGAACUCGAUAACGGUACCCCCUUUGUCGUCGAUGUAGGCGGGAACACGGGGAUUGAUAUCUCGCAUGUCCUCAAGAAACACCCAGAUCUCCCCGCGGGGUCUCUGGUUCUGCAGGACCUUCCAGAGAUUAUUGCCAAGGCACAGGUUGAUGAGAAGAUUACCGCCAUGGUGCAUGAUUUCUUCCUCCCGCAGCCUGUUACUGGCGCCCGCGCCUACUUUAUGCACGCCGUCCUGCACGACUGGCCCGACGACAAAGCGCAUCAACUCCUCUCCAACACCCGCGCCGCAAUGACGCCGGGGUACAGCAAGCUGUUCGUCUACGACAUAGUCCUCCCGCCGACAGGCGCAAGCAUCAGCCAGGCGACCAUGGAUGUCAACAUGAUGUCGCUGCUCUCGGCGGCAGAGCGCACGCAGAAGGCGUGGGAGAAGUUGCUAAGCGAGGCCGGGUUCCGCAUUGUGAAGUUUUGGCCGGAUCCGCAGCAGUAUGAGAUGGUUAUUGAGGCGGAGGUUGCGUAG